AUGAAUCCCGGCUUCGCUAAGAAACGCGAACGAAUCGACAUCGACGGCGCCUUCAGCAGCAUCAAGACUCUGCAACUGGACGUUAUCGACGGCCUCAGAGCUUCCAUAAAACAACUGGCGAUGGAAAAUCAAAAGAUUCAAAAGGAACGGGCCGAUUUCAAGGAGACUGUUCAAAAACUCAGAAAAGACUUUGAAAGCGACUAUUCCACGAGCUUGACAACUCUUCGGAACAUCAACAAAUUCGUUGACGAAAAAAUCACCGCCUCGAACGAGCUGCUCCAAAACCAAAUCGGCAACUUGGAACAGAGUUUUUCCUACAAACUCGCCGCUUUCGAGCAAAACACGAUUAAUGCCAUUCAAGCUGAGCAGACAAGACUUGGAAAAGAGCUGCAAAGGCUUACUGCUCGCGUCGAUUCGGUUAAACUCAGUUCUGGUUCUCUUCGAAUCUAA